CUGGGUGGAGUUUUCAGGGAAAAAAACUUAAAUUCUAAUGUCUCGGCGGUACGGGUCCUCACAUCGCUACCAUAUUCCUUCUGCCACAACAUAAUCAAUAAAUUACGGCAAGAUCAUAAAAGUGACGAAUGCAAAAAGGAACAGUCGAGCCUUGGUCCUUUUAUCAUGAUUUUCGGAGGAUUGAUGUUGCUGGGUGUGGGAAGGACAAUGCCAUUCUCUCUCGGCCUCCCAUUAAUGGACGAUAACGUUAAGAAAAACAACCUCCCUCUUUAUUUUGGUGAUUAUACACUUUUCAUGAAAUAUUCAUGCAUGUUCUUUGUGAAGAUUCUGGGACCUAUUGUCGGACUACUUGUCGGCAGCAAACUCAACGAAAUAUACUACAACUUUGAUCCUCCACAAGGUCUCACUCCUCUGGACCCCAUGUGGAUUGGUUGUUGGUGGCUUGGAUUCCUCAUAUUCGGGUCUCUUCUAUUCUUCCCCUCUUUGGUCCUAUUCCUCUUUCCUUCUGACAAUCUAGAUGAAGACAAUAACACUGUGAAGAUUUCCCUUGAAGAGCCACUAGCCCGCCUCCACUCCUGGACUAAUGACCAUAGUUCAGAGUUCUUUUCUACCGUUCGACUACUAUUCCGAAAUCCAAUUUAUGUUGGAGCGAUGCUAGGGCGGAUCGUUGAUGUUCUUGCUUUCAAAGGAUUUUUUGUAUUCCUCGGCAAAUACUUAGAAAUACAAUUCGGCGUUCCCCAAUAUAGGAUUCAAAAAUAUCUCGCUGGCACUGGUGUUGUUGGAUUCGCCUGCGGAGUGAUCAUAGGAAGUGUAGCUAUGAGGAAGUUCCAUCUACAAGGAAGAAAGGCUGCUACAUGGGUUGCCGUAGGUUCGCUGGUAGCAGCCUUGCUUUCAUUUGCAAACGGUGCUGUCGGGUGCAAAUCCGUCAUUGGACAGAUUGGAGAACAGGGAGUAGCCAACAAUUUCUCAUUCCCUUCAUGCCGGAAAGAUUGCGUCUGUGAUGGAAUGCCAUUCUAUCCCGUCUGUAACACCAAAGGAGAUGUGUUCUACUCGCCUUGUCAAGCUGGUUGCCCUCUAAGUGGGGCAAAUUUCAGUAUUUAUACAAAGAUGGAAAAAGGCAUGCCACUGACUUUUACGGAAUGCGAAUGUUCAGGGACAAGUGAUUUGGCUGUCAGCAGGGAUUACUGCCCAACUGAGCACUGCAACAAGCAAUUCCACAUGUUCUUCUUCAAUCAGGCCCUGGGAGCAGUGUUCGCAGGAUCGUCCGUUGUGCCGGGAAUGUUAAUCGUUUUGAGGUCUGUACCCCCGGAGCAUCGCAGUAUUUCACUAGGUUUCAAUGGCUUCCUCGUCAGUUUACUUGCAACCCUGCCAUCACCAGUAUUUUGGGGCAAAAUAUUCGACUUGAGUUGUUUGAUGUGGCAGAAUGUGUGCAGUAAAACUGGAGCUUGUCCGAUUUACGACACUGAUCAACUCCGGAUACGAUUGCACCUCAUCUAUGGAGGUUUACGCAUUCUCUCUCUGCUGUCCGAUAUCUGGGUGAUAUACUGGGCAAAAGGUCUAAAACUUGUUGACGAAGAAGAUGAAAACGAGCUGAAAAAGUCGAAAAAUACUGGUGAUGAUGGCCAAGAAAUGACAUCACUCAGAGAAAGAGCAGAGCCACUGAAAGUUCCCCUUCUGGACAGCUCUCCUAACAAGGAAGCGGUAUUAGAAGAUUAA